AUGAGCAAGUUGAAAAUAGUUAUAAGGGGUACAAUAAAGCAGAAUAUUGUUGAGAAGGGGCAGGGCUGCCUGAAAAGCAGUCAUGAAUGCAAUUACAAACUUUUGUGGGAACGAGCUGCGGGACGCAUGCGAGGGCGCAGAGAAGGCCGGUGUCAUCAGCGCUCGACUUCCCAUCGCCGGAGAUUAUCUUCAUGCGGUUCUCGACGUCUUCUGUGGCGCGGCGAGCGACAGGGGUGGGCUGAAGUGCGGUGGGCGUCAGGGAUGGUGACAGAUAACUCGACGGUGGCGCUCUCGAAGUCUCCGAAAUCUCCAAAUAAUUACAGUCGUAUACCCGGUUUGUCGCGCGGCGAACGGCGAUGGAAGUUUGAGGCGCAUCAGGCGUCGGGGCCGAUGACGGUGGCGUGUCCAGCGGCGGGCGUCGCGGCAGGGCCAACGGCGGGCGACCGUGUUGGUGGUGGCGGGCGACCUUGUCAGCGGAGGUCGCAGAAAAACAAGGAUCUUGAUGGUUUAUGGGCUGUUGCUAUCUACAGUGGCGGCGGCCGUGCCGUGGCAGAGGUAGAGAACAGGGGACAAGAGGAGGACGGGUGUUGGAGCGACAAGUAA